AAUUUGCUCAUUUGUGAGGUUUAUCUCCAAAAAGUAUUCACACAUGUGCAAAAUAUUUAGUAUUAUUACAACUCCUUGAUUGUCUGAGCAGUGUUGACAUUAGGAUGAGGUCUACUUGGCCAAAGCUUAGGGCUUCAGGCAUGUUGGUUGUAGCAAAGCAGGACUUAACUAGUUUUCCUUUGUAGCAUUGCUGUUCACUAGGCUUCUAGAGUUGGGUCUUAAUAACAUCAGUGAUACAACCACCCACCUCUCAGUCUGGAGAUUAUACAUCUUUGCUAUAAAUAUUUAAAGUAUAUAAGAUGCUUUAUAGUGCCCUGGUUUAAAUUUCUAAAUUUUCUCCAGGAUACGAUAACUCUGCUGUUUUUCUCCAAACAGAAUGGCCACUUCCUCCCUCCCUCCCUCCCUCCCUCCUUUCCUUCCAGCAGUGUCAACCUCACCUUUCUCAAAUUUUCCCCGUGUAUAUAGACGAUAUUUUCAAAUGACCACUUUUGGUUUGUAUUAUAAGUUUGUGUUUUUUCUUUUAUUAAAGGAUACAGGAAGAUUAGAACAUCAGAAAAUAAAAAGAUAUUUGCACAUUGUUUCUCACUUAAAAUACUAGCUUAUUCCCAAGAUGGUAGCUAAUAAACACUAAAUGAUACAGUAGUUAAAUAUAUUUUUAUUCAUUUAUUAAAUAUUAUUCAGCCCUUUAUGAAUGGAGAUCCAGCAGUGAACAAGACAGGCACGAUCUGUUUCCUGAGAGGGAAACCUACAACUUUAUGGGGGAUAUAGAUGAACCAAAAAAAGGCAGUGUAGGAAGAUGAGGCUUAUGAUGUGGGAAAAAAAGGUGUUACGGUUAGCAUAUAGGAGAGGCAUCCAUGCAUAUCUGGAGGUAUUAGAGAAUAUUUUAUGGAGAAAGUGACAUUUACGGCAAGACCUGAAAUAUGAGCAGGAGUCAGCUAGCUGAAGAGCAGAGGAGAAGUGUCAAAGGCACAGGAAAUAGCAGGGGCCAAGUUUCAGAGGUAAGAGGUAUCUAUAGGCAACUGAAAGCAGUAAAGCACGGUAAGCUAUUGAAUAUGACAGGGUGGGGGGUGUAGGAGAAGCAGAAAAAGGAGAGCAGAUAGGCCAUGUUAGGGGUUUACAUUUCCUCCUAAGAGCUCUUGAGGGUUUUAAGCACAGGAGUGACGUGAAUUACAUUAAAAAAUACAAACUUGGACUGUAGAGCAGAAAAUGGGUUCUGGAGGGCAAGGGUCACAGUGGAAAGACCUGUUAGGAGGCUGUGCCCAUAAUCCAAGUGAGAGGUGAUGGUGACCUGGCUUGGUUGGUUGUAUUGAGGAUGGAGAGAAGUGGAUAGAUGCAAAAGACACUUAAUAGGGCAGUAGAAUGAAAAGAAUUUAAUGUGAUGGUGUGAGCCACGUGCCAAGGAUCAGUCCUGUGCUGCUGGCAUGAGCAACAGUGGUGAGAAACGUUGAAGAGGAGGAGCAGGGUUUGGGGUCGAGGAGUCAUACAGUUGAAUUUAGGCAUGUUAAAGGAAGGAAGCCUGCGAGCUAGCGAAAUGGAGGUGGUGGCCUGCAGGCACUUAGAUACCCAGCCUGAAACUCCGGGGACAGUUUGAAUUCAAGGUAAAGAAUGAGGAGUUUGAGAUAAAGAAGUGGGGCUGAGAGUCGUGAGGAACUCUUAGUAUUUAAUGUUUGCGUGGAGGAGGGGGACACCAGAGGAGCUGCCAUGGGCAUAGAAGGAAAUGAGGAGGCGGGGUGUGCAGCAGGCCAAGUAAAGAGCAUGUUUUUUGUAGGAGGGUGUUAUCAACUGUUUUAAAUUUUCCUGAGAGUCUGAGAAGCUGAGGACUCAGAAUUAGUCCUUGGAUUUGGCAAUGUGGCAAUCAUUUGUAAUCUUUUACUGCAGCAGCUUUGGUGUACUGGGUGACAAAAGGGUAUAUCGAGGAGAGAGUGGUCAUGGGGGCACAAGAAAGGGUCACAGGCUUGGGUACCAUGAAGGUCCUGUAACCGAAGCAAGAGUGGAAUGAUGUGGGAGAAAUCACGUUUGUGUGAAUGGAGGACUAAGAUGUAAGGAACGUGAGAAAGCUUGUAGGAAGAAGUACUACCUAGUGACGUGAAGAAACAAUUGACUUCAGUCUCUGAGGAGAUGAUAGAUCUGGCUAAGCAUCUUCCUGAUACUUUCGAAAAACUGGAAGAUCCACAGAGGGUUUCUGUACUAUUGAAGGAUAUUUCAGAAAAUCUGUAUUCAUUGAGGAAGAUGAUACUUGGUUCUACUGAGAAUGAACUGAGGCCCAGCAGUAAUUUUCACUUAUUACCGUUGGAAGAGCCCACUGCUGGUGAAGUACAACAGAAACAAAUUAGAGAACAUAAAAUUUUUACUGAAGUUACAGAUGAAGCAUGGGACACAACACCUGAUAAUUUAAUUAAACAUGAUGGAGAAAAUGUACUUGCAAACGAAGUAAAACAAGAAGAAGAUGGAUUUGAAGAUGAAUUAGAAGAUAAUAAGUUGGAAGAGACUCCAGAAAGAGUUUGUAUCAUGUCAUUAGAUAUUACAGAAGAUGAACUCCAACGUUUGGAACAACAGGCUCAGGAAAAACAUCUUGGUGAUGUUACUUGCAAAUCUCCUGAGGAUAACGAAGAGGAUAUAUCUUAUGUAAUUGAGAGUGAUGAAGAUUUAGAAAUGGAGAUGCUUAAGUCUUUAGAAAACCUAAAUAGUAGCACAGUAGAUCCAAAUCAUUCAAAAUGCAUAGAAAUGGAAAGAAAUCUGGGUCUUCCUUCUGAAGAAGAUGAUGAAGAUGAGAAUGAAGCCAUUGAAGAGGAAGAAGUUGUUGAUGAAGACUGUUGGUUACCAGGACCUACUGCAAAGCAAAUUAAUUGCCUCAAGACCUACUUUGGCCAUUCUAGUUUUAAGCCGGUUCAGUGGAAAGUGAUUCAUUCUGUAUUGGAAGAAAGAAGAGAUAAUGUUGUUGUCAUGGCAACUGGGUAUGGAAAGAGUUUGUGCUUCCAGUAUCCACCUGUUUAUGUAGGCGGGAUUGGCCUUGUCAUCUCUCCCCUUAUUUCUUUGAUGGAAGACCAGGUGCUCCAGCUUGAAAUGUCCAACAUUCCAGCUUGCUUUCUUGGAUCAGCACAGUCAAAAAAUGUUCUAGAGGAUAUUAAAUUAGGCAAAUACCGGAUUGUGUACAUAACUCCAGAAUUCUGUUCAAGUAACUUGGACCUACUCCAGCAACUGCAGGCUAAUAUUGGGAUCACACUUAUUGCUGUGGAUGAGGCUCACUGUAUUUCUGAGUGGGGACAUGAUUUUAGAAGUUCAUUCAGAACUUUGGGCUCCAUAAAGGAAGUACUCCCAUCGGUUCCAAUUGUUGCACUGACUGCUACUGCAAGUUCUUCAAUCCGAGAAGACAUUGUACGUUGCUUAAAACUGACGGAUCCUCACAUUACCUGUACUGGUUUUGAUCGACCAAACUUGUAUUUAGAAGUUGGACGAAAAACAGGAAACAUCCUUCAGGAUCUGAAGCAGUUUCUUGUCCAGAAGACAAGUUCUGCUUGGGAAUUUGAAGGUCCAGCUAUCAUCUACUGUCCUUCUAGAAGAAUGACAGAACGAGUUACAGCUGAACUUAAGAAACUGAAGUUAGCCUGUGGAACAUACCAUGCAGGACUGAGUAUUAACUUAAGGAGACAAGUUCAUCAUAGGUUCAUGAGAGAUGAAAUUCAGUGUGUAAUAGCUACCAUAGCUUUUGGAAUGGGCAUUAAUAAAGCUGACAUUCGCCAAGUCAUUCAUUACGGUGCUCCUAAGGAAAUGGAAUCAUAUUACCAGGAGAUCGGUAGAGCUGGCCGUGAUGGACUUCAAAGUUCUUGUCAUGUACUUUGGGCUCCAGGAGACUUUAACACAAAUAGGCGCCUCCUUAGUGAAAUAUGCAAUGAAAAGUUUCGAUUAUACAAAUUAAAGAUGAUGGCAAAGAUGGAUAAAUAUCUUAAUUCCAGAAUGUGUAGGCGACAACUCAUCUUGUCUCAUUUUGAAGACAAACAGCUACGAAAGGCCUCCGUGGGAAUUAUGGGAACUGAAAAUUGCUGUGAUAAUUGCAGGUCCAGAUUGGAUCGCUGCUUUUCCAUUGAUGACUCAGAUGAUAUGUCAAAGGACUUUGGUCCACAAGCAUUCCAGCUCUUAUCUGCCGUGACCAUCUUAGGCGAAAAGUUUGGAAUUGGGGUUCCAAUUUUAUUUCUCCGAGGAUCUGUAAGUAUGUCUAAUUCCCAGCGUCUUGAAGAUAAAUAUCGCAGUCACAAUUUCUUUGGCACUGGCAAGGAUCACACAGAGAAUUGGUGGAAGGUUUUUUCCCAUCAGCUCAUAACUGAGGGAUUCUUGGUAGAAGUUCCUGGGCAAAGCAAAUUUGUAAAGAUUUGCAUCCUUACAGAAAAGGGUAGAAAUUGGCUUGCUAAAGCCAAAACAGAAUCUCCUCAGAGCCUUAUCCUUCAAGCUAAUGAAGAAUUGUGUCCAAAGGAGUUUUUUCUACCAAGUUCUAAAGCUGUAUCUUCCGGCACUGAGCAACAUUCCUCUAAUCAAGUACCAAUUGAAUUAACUUCAGAGCAGCCCAGCUUGUAUAAGAUGUAUUCUUACAAAGCACGUGAUAAAAUUUCUUCUGGGAGUAACAUUCCUGAAAAAAGCAUCAUGGUGCCAUCACCAGGAAAAUAUUACAAGUCCUCAGAACCUGUUAUUUCAGCCAAAGAGCAGGAGACUCAGACUACAUUAUAUGGCAAAUUGGUGGAAGCUAGGCAGAAACAUGCCAAUAAAAUGAAUGUUCCUCCAGCUAUUCUGGCAACAAAUAAGAUACUGGUGGAUAUGGCCCAAAUGAGACCUACUACAGUUGAAAAUGUGAAAAGGAUCGAUGGUGUUUCUGAAGGCAAAGCCAGAAUGUUGGCACCUCUGUUGGAAGUCAUCAAACAUUUCUGUCAAAUAAAUAGUCUUCAGACAGACCUCUUUUCAAGUACAAAACCACAAGAAGAACAGAAGAAAAGUCUGGUGGUGAAAAAUAAAGCAAGCUCACUUUCACAGUCUGCAGCCAUCACAUAUUCUUUAUUCCAAGAAAAGAAAAUGUGUUUGAAGAGUGUAGCUGAGAACAGGAUUCUGCCUCUCGCAGCAGUUGGCAUGCACUUGUCCCAAGCGGUGCAAGCUGGCUACCCACUCGAUAUGGAGCGAGCAGGUCUGACUCCAGAGAUUCAGAAGAUUAUUGCUGAUGUUAUCCGAAACCCUCCCAUCAACUCAGAUACAAAUAAAAUUAAACUAAUUAGAAUGUAUGUUCCUGAAAACAUUGACACCUACCUUAUCUACAUGGCAACUGAGAUCCUGGAAAAAGGCUGCGAAAACAGGAUGCUAUGCCAAUCUUCAUGUGAUUCCAGCAAAAAGAGAUGUUUCCCCAACUCUGAAGAGAGCUGUUCAAAUUCUAAGAGAAAGAAGGAAGAAGUGGGCACUAAUACCAAGGUUGAUGGAAAACAUUCUUGUGAUUUUUCACAGGAAGAUGAGAGUCACAGAAAUUCACUAAAACUAACUUCCUGGAAUCAGCCAUUCAGCGAUCCCAAAAUUGAAGAUUUCUUUGUAGAUUCUCAUUUACAGACUUCGUCUGAAACCUCAAAGAGAAAAUUACCUGAGUGGUUUGCCAAAAAUGAGACCUUACCUGAUGCCAGCAAGAAAUCAACAGCCAAAACUAAAAAGAAGGGUCUUUUUAGUUAAACUGGCAACUGCCAGAGGAAUUAUGUGUGUCUUGCUGUGUUAUAAGAGGGAAGCUGUAUUUCGUUUCUGAAAACAGUGGGGAGUAAUAUUUUUGUUUAAAAAUUAUUCUAAUAUCAAAGUAAAACUCAUCUAUUUAUUGAACAGCUGGUGUCUUAAAACAGCCUUUUGCAAUUCACAUAAAGUUGAGUCUUCUGAGAGCCUGAGUGAGUACCUCAUAGAACAGAAUCUUAGUUUCCUACGAGAUUGCUUUAAGAAAUCAUGUUACUGCCCUGUUUUCUAAUCUCUUUACUUACUUCAGCAGUAUGUUUGGAAUAUGUAAUGUGCGGUGAUUUAAUAUAGAUAACAGAUUAUCAGUUGUAAGUGAUUAUGUGUGUGAUAUGUAAUAUUCCUGUAUUACCAAAAUUCUGUCUUAUAAAUGAAGAACGCAUAGUUAUUUUACAAAUUGUUUUUCCUAUUGUUAGAAGAAACUCUUAUACACAUUUUAAAAUGAUAUUAGUGGACCAGACCAGUGAAAAUGAAACAUUUCGGGUUCUGUGUAGAGGAAAGAAUAAAACAAAGGAGACCAAUUACGCUAGACAACUAUGCACUUUGUAUGUUAUAUACGAUUUCUAUUAUUUUUCAAAUAAUAAUAAAAAGUCCUUAGUACUGAAUAUUAUAAAGAUAUGUAUUUUAAACUUUCAUAUACUGAAUUACCUUGCACACCUUUAAUUUUUGAUGAUGUCAGAAUUUGAUUCUAAUACCUUUUUAUGUAGCACAUGUAACUGAAAUAUACAAAACACAUACUGACACUGAAUUGGGUAAAUCAUAGUUGAUAUAACUUUAAGCAGUUCACCAUAUGGCAUUUAGUUGACUUUUUUAUAAAUAAAAAUAAUUGUCAUUAAUAAAGAAGAAAUAUAUGUUUGCCGUAGAAGAAUUAGAAAAUCCAGAAAAGUGAAAAAAAAAAAAUCACAAAAGUUCCACUGGUAGGUAAUCAGUUAACCCCUUUCAUGUAUCCUGCCAAGCCUUUUAUUUAUUGAUUGAUUGAUUUUGGCCGCACUGUGCGGCAUGGAGGAUCUUAGUUCCCUGACCAGGGAUCACACCCAUGCCCCCUGCAGUGGAAGUGCGGAGUCUUAACCACUGGACCGUCAGGGAAGUCCCCUGCCAAACCUUUUUAUAUUUACUUCUUUUCUUAGUUUGUUAUGAAUAAUACGUGAAUGAAUAUUCUUUGUAAAGCAUUCAAGCUAUACUUAAAACAUUAAAGUCCCCCAUAUUCCCGUUUCCCCACAUCCCAUUACCAGCCCCUUUCCAGAAGGUAACUCCUAUUGAAUAUGUGACGUAUCGUUCUCUAGUCAUUUCUUCUGCAUUUACGUGCCUCUGCAUGUGUAGCUACACAUACAUUCUUGGUGUUUUUAAUUUUAAUUUUUAUAUUGAAGUAUAGUUGAUUUAAAAUACUAUAAUCAUUUCAGGUAUACAACAUAGUGAUUCAAUAUUUUUGUAGAUUAUACUCCAUUUAAAAUUAUAACAUUGGCUAUAUUCGUUGUACUGUACAAUAUGUUCUUGUAGCUUAUUUAUUUUAUAUACAGUAGUUUGUACCUUUUAAUUCCCUACCCCCAUAUCUCCCCUCCCCAUUAUCUUCUCUCUGGUAACCACUAGCUUCUGUAUAUGUGUGAGUCUCUUUCUGUUUUUUAUAUUCAUUCUUUUUUAUUGUUGUUUUUUCUACAUAUAAGUGAUAACAUACAAUGUUUGUCUUUCUCUGCGUGUCUUAUUUCACUGAACAUAUUACCCUCCAGGUCCAUCCAUAUUGUUGCAAAUGGCAGAAUAUCAUUCUUUUUUAUGGCUGAGUAAUAUUCCAGUGUCACUCUCUGCAGAUGACAUGAUAUUUAUAUAUAGAAAAUGCCAAAGCCUCCACCAAAAAACUGUUGAAACUGAUAAAUGAAUUCAGUAAAGUUGCCGGAUACAAGAUUAAUAUAUAGAAAUCUGCUGCUUUUCUAUACACUAAUCGUGAGCUAUCAGAAAGAGAAAGUAAGAAAACAAAAGUUUUAAAGUUGCCCAGAAUAAAAUAACUAGGAAUAAACUUAACCAAGGAGGUGAAACACCUAUAUUCUGAAACCUAGAAAACAUUGAUGAAGGAAAUUGAAGAUGUUACCAAAAAUGGAAAGAUAUCUUAUGUUCCUGGAUUAGAAUGUUAAAAUGUCCAUACUACCCAAAGCAAUCUACAGAUUUAAUGUAAUCCCUAUCAAAAUACCCAUGACAUUUUUCUCAGAACUAGGACAAAUAAUCCUAAAAUUUACAUGGAACCACAAAAGAUUCUGAAUAACCAAAGCAAUCCUGAGAAAAAAGAACAAAGCUGGAGGUAUCAUACUCCCUGACUUCAGACUAUACUACAAAGCUACAGUCAUCAAAACAGUGCUGUACUAGCACAAAAACAGACACAUAGAUCAAUGGAACAGAAUAGAGAGCCCAGAAAUAAACCCAUGCUCUAUGGUCAAUUACUCUGCAACAAAGGAGGCAAGAAUAUACAAUGAGGAAAAUAUAGUCUCUUCAAUAAGUAGUGCUGAGAAAACUGGACAGUUACAUAUAAAAGAGUGAAAUUAAAACAUUUUGUCACAGCAUACAUAAAAAUAAACUCAAAAUGGAAUAAAGGCCUAAUUGUAAGACCAGGAUCCAUGAAACUCCUAGAAGAAAACACAGGCAGAACACUCUUUGACAUAAAUCUUUUUUUUUUUUUUUGCACAAAUGAGAUCAUGCUGUAUUUAAUUUUCUGCAACAACCUUUUUCUAUUUAAUCUAUGAUGAAGAUCUUUGCAUGUCAGUAUAUAUAUAUCGGUCUAGUUUUUUUUUUUUUUUUUGUGGUAUGCAGGCCUCUCACCGCCGUGGCCUCUCCCGUUGCAGAGCACAGGCUCUGGACACGUAGGCUCAGCAGCCAUGGCUCACGGGCCCAGCCGCUCUGCGGCAUGUGGGAUCUUCCCGGACCGGGGCACAAACCCAUGUCCCCUGCAUCAGCAGGUGGACUCUCAACCACUGCACCACCAGGGAAGCCCUCUAGUUGUUUUUUAUAGCUAUUUACUAUGCUAUUUGGUGAAUAUACUAUAAUUUAUAUAAUCACUUCCUAUUGGUGGUUUUGUCAUUUUUCUGUAUUUCAGAUUGUUUCUAGAAGUACAGUUAGAAGAAUUAAGCACAAACAUAUUAUUUGUUACUUACAUUUCACUUGAAUAUAUUAUGAACAUGUUUUUCCAUGUCAUUAAAUAGACUUUCACAGAAUCUUUUGGGGGGCUUUUCUAUAGUGCAGUGAUUCUCCAAGUGUGGUCUGCAGUCCAUUAGGAGUCCCUGAGACCCUUCAGGGGAUCUGCAGAGGCAAAACUAUUUUUAUAAUACCAAGAUGAUAUAACAUUUGCCUUUUGUACUAUGUUGAGAUUUGCAUUGAGGGUGCAUAGAUGCGGUGAGUAAAACCACUAGCAAUUUAGUGCAAAUCAAGGCAGUGGCAGCAAAUUAUUGAUUUUAUUAAUUCUCAUUUCUUAAACACAUUUUUUCAAUAUUCAUUGUGAUAAAAUGGCAAAUACACAUAAAGCAUCUGUGCUAUAUACCAAAGUAUGAUGGUUGUCUUCUAGAAAAGCACUUGUUUUAUUGUUUGAGUUGUGAAUUGAACUAGUUGCUUUUUUCCUGUGGAAUAUCGUUUUUACUGACAAGAAUGACUGAUAGAAAAUAUGAUUGGUUAUUGCUCCUAGGCGGAGGCAUAGGCUUCCUAGACCCCCAACUUCUCCAUUUUCCAUGAGCUCCUUCUGGGUUUUUUUUUUUUUUUAUCCUCCCUGCCUCCCUCCUCCCCUUGCCUGACACCCUCCCACCAGAGUGUGUUUUGGAAGCUGUGUCAUAUAUAUCUGCCUCAUCACCAGGUGCAAAUAACUGGUACAGAAUGACCUCAGAACAUUACAGAGUAUUUACCAUAAGAAUAUAUGGACUAAACUUUAAUUUCGUGGAUGAAGCAUCUUUCUUCAGCAGCCUCAGGCCUCAAGUUUGCCUCAGGUUCAUUCUUAAAAACAAGGAAUUUCUUUUAUUGAUUGAUUGAUUGGCCGGGUUCAUUCUUAAAAACAAGGAAUUUUCUUCCUUCCUCCCUUCCUUCCUUCCUUCUUUCCCGGGUUCUUUCUUAAAAACGAGGAAUUUUAUUUAUUUAUUUAUUGGCCGGGUUCAUUCUUAAAAACAAGGAAUUUUACUUAUUUAUUUAUUGGCCGGGUCGCGACUUGCGGGGUCUUAGUUCCCUAACCAGGGAUUGAACCCGGGCCAAGGCAGUGUAAGCCCUGAGUCCCAACCACUGGACCGCCAGGGAAAUCCCCAAGGAAUUUCUUUUAGAGUACUAUUCUUAUGCUGUCUCCUCCAAAAAUAUUAAUUACUUUCUCUUCUGUGUUAUUUGUCAUUGGACCAUAGGACCAUGAUAACAGAGUCAGACAAAUCCCUGACAUUUAUUUAGAAUUCAGAAAACUGUGGUGUAGAUAGUUAGAAGGAGAAAAGAAUAGAGGAUUCUUUCUAUUCAAAGAGGUUGCUUUAGAAUUAACUGAGAGCAUGAAAGAUCCAGUGGAAUGACCUUAAAAUCAUUUUAGAGCUAACUAGACAUUCAUCUAUCUUAUGGGGAGCAAGCAAAUGCAAAACCAACAAAAACACUGUAAGAAAGUUAGCUAUAGUCUUGAUGGGAGCUGCAAACUGAAGUCGUCUCAGCUAUCUGAGAUGUCCCCAUCAUUUUGCUUGGGAAGGCAAUCCAAAAAUCAUUGGGAUAACAUAGUUAACUUCCUUACUGGCUAAUAAGCAUGUUUAAACCUCAGAAAAGAUGAGAAGUAGAAUACAGAGUAAAUUAAACCUUUGGUUGUAAUAUUUUAGGGUUAAGGAGUGAUAAAUACAUAUUUGAUAUUGUAAGCAUUUGUAAUGCUUGAGAUAUUUUAGCUUAUUAGAAUAACAGAUUAUUCUUGUGACUCAUUUAAAACGUAGCAUUGAAAAAUUAGUAAUAUAUGCUUGUUAUUUUUAAGUUGAAAUCCUACCGUUUGAAACAUUAUUGGGAUAUUUAAUAAGAGUUUUUAAAUUUGUUAUUGCAUAGAAAUAGUAUCGUCAACAAAUUUCCCUUAUAAGAGAAAGAAAAAAAAUCUAAUAUUAUACUUACUAGUAAUACUAAGGUUGAUAUUAAUAUCUAUUCAUUAAACCCAGAGCUUUCAUUGUUUUUCAGAAAAAUUAAUAAAACUUCAGCCUCAUGUCCAGCUUCAUUUUCUAACUCAAUUUAAAAAGGUUAUUGAGAAGUAUGUACUCAUUAUGUUUCAGUCAAUAAAUAUUUGCAUUUAUAGUUUUCAAGACAAUAUGCUGACUUCAUAAAAGAUGGAACAAAUAGGAGAAGCAGCAGCAAUAUGGUUCCCAUGCUUCAGAGAAGGGAAGGUUUACUCUGUGAAGAAUUAAUAGAAGAGCAUCUCACAAAAGUAUUUUCUUACAGGAACCAACAUGUUUGUUUUUGUUUUUGUUUUUAAUUUUUGGCUGUGCAGUAUGGCAUGUAGGAUCUUAGUUCCCCAACCAGGGAUCGAACCCAUGCCCCCUGCAGUCCACUUAACCACUGGACCGCCAGGGAAACUUCCCUGGAAACACAACCUUUUUAAAGAAAAUAUUUAUUUCACAUACUCAGUAAGAUAAUAAGAAGAAAUGUGUGAAAGACAUUUUUCUCUGUAAAGGAAAAAAAAAAAGAUCAUAGGAAGGGAUCAUAAUGAUAGCAAUCAUAACUAAUAAUUUAUUUAGCAUUUGCUGUGUGUCACAACCUGUGCAGUUGACCUUCAGGAUAACAUGUAGAGUUGGAGUCAUGUACUGGCCUGUUUGUGUACACAUAAUAUACAUGUCAGGAAGGAGAUCACAGUUCAUGGAUAUAUAACCAGGUGGGGUUAGAGCUCAAGUGGGACUUUGCCUUUUUUCAAGUGGAACUUUCAUUUUUUUUUUUUUUUCUGACUUUUGACUAAACCUAGAAUUGAUAACAAAAGAUACUAAAUGCUCCAAAUUCUAAAUUCAGAGCCCUUCUAGCUAUUCGAAUUAUAGUGUCUUUUUAGCAAAACUGGCACCAUCACUUCUCCCUCAUUCGCACUUUGCAAAAGAACAGUAUUGGGUGAGAGAGAGAACUUGCUUUGCAAGGGAACAGAGGGCAACAAACCUUUCAUCCUUUCUUUACUGUGAGGAAGGCUUUUCACUUGGGCCUCCCAUCCUUAUUUCUAGAAGACUGAAGGUGUUGGAACCAGGCACUAGAUGAAGGAGUGUGACGGUCUCUUUCUGGAAGCUCUGACCUGCUGGUCCAGUGGAGUACCUGAUGCUCCUGGGGCCCCGAAAUACGGUGGGGCUGAGAAUGCAAGGGCCAGCGGGACAGCCUGCCCUCCACCACAUGACACAGCAAGAAUGUGUGUUUCCCGAGGGAAACUUGGAAGGAGCUGGGUUUAAAGGCCAUCCUUAUGGUCCCCUCAGAAGAAGGCGACCUGAGGGGUGCAUGCAUCCCAGCAGCAAGAACACACUUGGCAGGGGUUUGGAGAGGGGUGAACCCCCUUGAACCCUUGGGAGGACCAACGAAUAAACCCCAAAGAGAGCCGACAUUUGGAUAACCUGCCAACAGACUGAGCAACCUCUAGUCAAUUAGCCAGAGAAGGAACCACAACCAAAAGAAAGGGAAUAAGCAAUCCUGCUGGUCAGUGACAUGCUUUUGUUUUUCUUCCCUUUCUCCCCACUUUAACUCCAAAAGGUAAGUGCAUGGAAGAGGGAGGGGGUGUGAAAGAGACAACUGGAACCACCUGUCUAGUUGGAGGCGGAUGUGACAACUUGGAAGCAGACAAGCGAUUGAAGACUCAAAAACUGAACUGACACUUUUCUAAUGUCCCCAAAUGUUAGAAAAUUCUGAGAUUGGGCUGAGAUAUAAAGGGGGCCACCACCCAAGGGGAAAAGCGAUUUGAUACUUGGUAGAAGUUAGAAGAAGUAAAAGUUGAUGUUUAUACCCCAACAUAUCCAUUCGAUAUAUGUUUGUAGGAGUCUGAAGUUGUAGACAAACACUCCUCAUUACUCAGUUAGUGGCUGGGUGUCCAGAGGAAGGCAGUUACCUCCCUAUAUAGUAGUUGGUGGACACUACUUGCAGAAAUCACUGUGGUCUAGCAUGUGCCCCUUACUGUGUUUGCUCAGAAAUCUGGGGUGUCAACGCCCCAAAGUGGCUCCUUCUUUCAAUGGCAGAUUCAGCCUCUCAUCCAAGUUGACAGAGAUGGAAGUAAAUAUUCCGCAAAUAUUUAUCGAGUACCUCCUAUGUUCCUGGCACAGUUCUAGGUGCUGGGGAUAUAACAGUGACAAAGGAAACAAGUAAAACGUUGUGUCUUGGAUGGUGAUACGUGAUAGGAGAGCAAAGCAGCUUGGAACGGGUAGAUGGUGUUUCAGACGGGGUCAGGGAAGGCCUUGCUGAACUUUGGAAUUAGCCUGGGUUUGACAACUUGUAACUGUGACCUUGAGCAGAUCAAUCCUCUCUAAGCCUCAUUUAUCAACGUUAUUUUACAGAAGAGGAAGAGUGAUUGGAGAAUUAAAUGAAGUACAGCCUUUAUCAUAGUUCUAAGCAUGCUGUAGGAAUAAUAAACAUUAGCUGUUCUCAUUCUUUGCCUAUAGGAAGGCUACAGGGGAAGCCACAUUACAUAUAAUCAGAAGCUACCUAGUGGUUUGGUCAAAGAAAGGGGAGUUAGGUAAUUUUAAUAUUUAAGGGCACUGGAUAGAUUGUACCAGAGUAAGUAUUUUCAUUUAACAUAAGAUACAAAAGGGUGGGUAUACCAGAAACUUUUAAGAAAAUAAUUGGAAUAAUAAAAUAUUUGGAAGUUGAUGAAAUACCCUGGUUCAUGAAUCGGUUAUCCAAGGCACGGUCUUAACAUUUCUGAAUAUAAACUUUUAAAUUUCCUCAGAGGUUUAUUGCAGCUGAUUAAGGGUAGGGAUAAUUAAGCUGGGGAGUGCAGUGUACCCAGAAGAAUGAGGAACAAAGAGAAAAGGGGGCUGCUGGAACCCUAAGCCUUAGAGGAGAUGUGGGACUUGGCAAGGCCCCAAACCCCCUUUGUCUUAGUCCCUAAUAGGGUCAGUUCAUUAUUUUUAUAGACUCCUUUGAAUUAUACAGUUUUAAGCACCAAGAACCCCAUCCGUUCCUUUCUUUUUGAACCUCUGUCUCAUCAUUUUCGCACGGGGAGUAACUAAAGGAACAUUGACCUCAGUGGUUCAAGAGCACCACCUAGUGCUCACGUUUGGAAAUGUCAGGUGAUACGGUACACAGGAAAAUCAGAUAUAAUUUGCUUCGGUUUUCUCUUCACGUGGUGCUCGGCUAAUGUGUCAAGAUUCGGAGGGAAAGGAAGAGUUGUUUACUCUGAGCCAGUUUUUAUAAGCCACAGAAAAACUGGGAUCUGUUUAGUCACUUAUAGAGCAGCCAGAAUUUGAAUCUAAGUCUGUUCAUUAGUUCCUACCUGCAGGGCAUGAGAUUUACUUACCUGAUCUCAAGUGGAAAUCUUCCUUUGACCUGUAUUGAAAAAAGUGUGUGGCUCCUCACAGUCUAGAAAGGAGCUUCUUAAACUUUCUUUUCUCAUCUACCCCGGCCCUCCCCACCACAGAGAACUCAACCCACAGCCUCCUAUACAGAAUGAGAGCAAUGCUUAGUCAUCACUUCAUGAAUCUCAUGAUUAUGUCUAGUCUCCACACAGAUUCUAGGUCUUGAAGGUAGAAUUGCACUGUCAUAGAGAGCAUCUUUGAAGCCUAGGGUACGUAUCAUUUCUGUCUCCUCUCUCCUACCAACACCAGGAACUGCAUCACCCAGCCAUUCUCUUUCAAGAACUCUAGAUUAAUUUCAAAUGGCAAGGUGAUGGUGGUCGUGGUGGUGGAAGGGCUGGAGGACGACUGCGGAAGUGAUUCCAACAGUACAGUAAGAUCAGCAACAUGGAAUUCCAGAGGGAUUAGUGAGCGGCUGGGCAUAAUGGGGGUGAACAAAGUCCGAAAUUCCCAGAUGACCAUCAAUUCCCAGAAAUGCUCUGGGUUUCCACUGUAACUUUGUAAUUAAUCAGAUGAACUCUGCCCUUCAAAAAUGUUACAACCAGAUUGUUAUAUCCUUACUACCUAAUCUUGCUAUGUACCUUGGCAGGUCUCCUCCAUAAUUCAUAUGCCAGGAUCCCUGCCUGCUGAUCAUUCAGUAAGUCUGCUCAGAGUUCUGUCAAGUGAACUGAGGUAUUGAAUUAUAAAUAAAAUAAUGUGUUGCCUGGCUUUAACGAUAUGAAAAAGGUAACUAAUUUUUCAAGUGUGCUAAUUCAAUAUAACAUAAUAAAGAAAAUUGCCUUGCAUUUAGAGAUAUGUGAUUUCAGAACCUACCAGUUAGCCUGCUUCCAAAAUUUCAAUUUCCCUAAUGGGGAAGAACAUAUUUAAUUCAGAUAGCUCUAACCCUGAUUUUGGUGAUGAAAUGCCCUAUUCAAAAGCUACUAGUUUUUUUUUUAAUUGGGGUAUAGUUGUUUUACAAUGUUGAGUUAGUUUCACCUGUACAGUGAAGAAGAGUUCCCUGUGCUAUACAGCAGGUUCUCAUUAGUUAUCUAUUUUAUACAUAUUAGUGUAUAUAUGUCAAUCCCAAUCUCCCAAUUCAUCCCACCCCUCCUGUUUCCCCCUCUUGGUGUCCAUAUGUUUGUUCUCUACAUCAGUGGCUCUAUUUCUGCCUUGCAAACUGGUUCAUCUGUACCAUUUUUCUAGAUUCCACAUAUAUGCGUUAAUAUACGAUAUUUGUUUUUCUCUUUCUUACUUUACUCUGUAUGACAGUCUCUAGGUCCAUCGACAUCUCUACAAAUGACCCUAUUUCAUUCCUUUUUAUGGCUGAGUAAUAUUCCAUUGUAUAUAUGUACCACAUCAGAAGCCACCAGUUUUAUGGGCAUUAAAAAAAAAUAAAUUUAUUUAUUUAUGUAU